UUUUUAUUAAGAAUCAGUUGAUUUGAGGGCGAUUUAUAUUGUAUUUAUCAUGGUGUAUCCUAGCCAUUUAAAUAUAAAUGUUAUAAAAUUAAAAACAAAAUGUAGCUAUUUUUAGAAAUCGAUAUGCUGAAACUCAAACCAAUCGAGAGCAUUGCUUUAGUCAGUUAUCGUUUUCAAAAAUUCCAAAUUCAGUUGGCUUAGCAGAUGGCUCAAGAUCCCAAAUGGAAAAAGGCUUACGACCGACUAGUCCGUGAGCACUUCGAUGAGCAAAGGCAGGUGCCUCAGCUGCAGAGCCAACUGCGGCACUAUGGGCACAAGAGGGAACGCCUGCGGAAAGAAAUCGAGAAGGAGAGCAAGGGCUUAAACGUCUGGAUAGACAUGAUGGACCGCUUGCGUCGCGGAGUGGAGCGCUUUAAGAAACACAAGCACCUUCUCACACCCAAAAAACACAAGCAGCUGCGACGGAUAAUGCGGAAGGUGCCUAUGAACACGUUGGAGGAGCGGGUGCGACUGAUGGAGGUGUCCGAGAAUUUGGUUCCCAAACCGUGUAAGGAUAGCGCCGUUACGAAAUCAGAAGAAGGCCGGAAUGUCCCAAGGUACUCCGUGCCGGUCGAGAAGACAUGUGAUCCCAAGACUCAAGCACCGAUGGACAAGCGGCUGUCCAGGAUUAAAGCCGAUCUGGAAGCCCUGCAACGGAUCCACGAGCAGACCAUGGGCGUCGUCAGUGAUAUACGUGCUAUAAUGGCCACCAUCAACUAUUUGGACCGGGGCUAUUGCACCAACAUAAAGAUCACUCCCUAUGUGGAGACCAAGAAAGAUCCUUCGCCGCCUAUGAAGGCAACCAUCAAACUGGACCGUCUGCGAAGGACCAAGCAUAAGACGCAUUACACUCGGGAACUCAUGGAUGUCCGGCCACCCUACAUCCUUGACCAUGUGCCGCAGCUAAAACCAAACAUCUUUGACUUUCCGGAGAAGAAGUCUAAGCGCCUGAAUUAAGCCACUUCUGGUGGGGACAAUAAUUUAUUACGCCAAGAAUUAGUCUACUUAAACAUAGUCUAAUUGAACAUGUUCAAUGCUACGCUAAUCCUGUCCAGCUUCCGUUCGAUAUUUACAAUUUACAAUAAACUCGUUGAUCAUCGUUAAGCAGGGGUUGGGAGUUUUAUAGAGAAAAGCUUUUAAGCCAAUAUAUAUCUCUGUAAAGUUCCCACCCGUUGUUGGAUGAUCCUUGAACUAAAA